AUGUUAAACACAGUCUUGCCAAGAUGCAGAUGUACCUAGUGCUGGUUCUGGUAGCCCUUGCUGGUAACAGCUUUGCCAUGGAUAGAUGCAGUGUGGUCAGGGCACUGAGGAAUGGAGGUGUUGUUGGGAUAAAAGGCUAUACUCUGGGAGACUAUGUGUGCUUAGUCCACUAUGCAAGUUACUAUGAUGAAUACCUAAACCGAAGUCCCUCUGAGUAUGGGAUCUUCCAGAUCAACAGCUAUUGGUGGUGUGAUGAUGGCCGAACUGUAGGACGCAAGAACCUCUGUGGAGUACCCUGCAGAAAUUUACUGGGAAGGUACCUUGGUGAUGAUAUAAGGUGCUUAAAAAGAAUUGUAAACGAUCCUAAUGGACUUGGAGCUUGGAGCGCUUGGAGAAAUAAUUGUCAAGGAAGGGACCUAAGCCGUUUCACCAGUGGAUGUUAAGAAUCCAUCAAGAGAAGAUGCACUUUAUCUAGUAUUAUGUUGUUUAAUGCAAGGAAAAUGCUACUUGUAGUUUUUCUUCAGCUGAAAAUAAAUACAAACAACUGAACAAUAAAUUGUUUUAUCAAGUUA